AUGUUGUUCCUGAUGCACCAAGAAGCACUAGAAGAUUUUAUAGUCUGGAAAGUGAAAAUUGUUUCACAGAGUAUGAAAGAGAGAAUAUUUUUGAUCGAAUAUUGGGAUCUAACUUUGGCCCAAGAACAAGAAAUAUUUAGCCGAGUUCAACUUGGCAUGCCAUUAACUAAUGCAGAAAAACUUGCGUCAAUCAGCAGUCCAACCGUCGACUUUGCUCAAAGUCUAUAUUCCACUUAUAAUUCAAUUUCACAAAUUAUUGAAACGAAACGUGGAAAACCUCUCGAGCUUAUAACCCAAACCCUCUAUAUGAUCGAGCAUGAACCAGAGAAACAAGUCUUCACUCAUAAUAACCUCACAAAAUAUCUUAAGGAUGACCGUGAGGUGCCAAUUCGUUUGAAACAAACCGCAAAGACCGUCUUUGAAACUCUUGACACGUUAAUCGAGGAAAAUGUCGUAAUGUUUAACGAAAAUCACAAAUUCGCUCCAAUUGAAUUUGUGUUCUUCUGUCUGAUCAUCGCUAAAUUUCCAAGGUUGGAGAUUUGGCAAUACCAAAUGUACCUACAACAAAUGAAAGAACACGUAAAAACCUACCACACCGACAUUAGGUUCAACGCUAAGGUCUAUGCCACUUUAAGGGAAUAUGUUGUGGAUUUAGAGCCUGACGAAUUGGUGGGGGAUUACGGAUUGGGAAAAAGAUCCAAAUGUGGAUUUAUGGCCGUGGAAUCUUCAAAAAGGAUUAAGACGGAAAGUUAA